UAAAAUUAUUUUAUAUUUGAGAGAAGAUCAAGGAGCUUCCACCUUUUCGAACUCUUUGGAGGGACUGUCGUCGUAUUUUGGAAUUAACUGCUACACGGAGUUGCGACUUUGCGAGGAAGAAGACUGAGAGAGCUUGUUUCCGAUCUGGCACAAUUAACUUGCCCCUAGAAAUUUGGAAUCCACUGGAGAUUUUUUGUGGUGAUUUCUCCUUCUUCUUUGGAAGUCUUCUGCCGGCAAAUUAAUCUCGUUUUUGCCAGUGAAGACUUCUGUCCGGAUCCUUCUAGUAACUAUAAUGUUUGGUCGGUGGUCUACUUCUCAUCACGAGGAAGGGAACAGUCAAGAACAGAUCACAUCGAAGGUCAAUGAGCUUAAGGCCAAGUUAGGACCCUUAGUUGGACGCAAUGCAAUAUAUUGCAGUGAUGCAUGCUUGAAAAGAUAUCUAGUGGCUAGGAAUUGGAAUGUAGACAAAGCAAAGAAAAUGUUGGAGGAGACAUUCAAAUGGAGAUCUAUGUAUAAGCCUGAUGAAAUUCGUUGGCCUGAAAUAGCAUUUGAAAGUGAGACCGGAAAACUUUAUCGAGCAAGUUUUCAUGACCGAGAAGGAAGAACUGUCCUCAUAAUGAAGCCAGGAAAGCAGAACACAACAUCAUUAGAGAAUCAAAUUCGGCAUUUGGUAUAUCUUAUGGAGAAUGCUCUUCUCAACCUUCCGGAAGGUCAAGAACAGAUGUCAUGGUUGAUUGAUUUUAAUGGUUGGUCUCUUAGCACCAGCGUGCCAAUCAAAUCCGCACGAGAAACCGUCAACAUCUUGCAGAACCACUAUCCCGAGCGACUAGCUCUAGCGUUUCUAUAUAAUCCCCCAAGGAUAUUUGAAGCGUUCUGGAAGGUAGUCAAAUACUUCUUAGAUCCCAAAACAUUUCAGAAAGUGAGAUUUGUUUACCCUAAGAAGCAAGAGAGUGUGGAACUUAUGAAGUCAUAUUUUGAUGAGGAGAAUCUUCCAUCAGAGUUUGGAGGAAAAGCUCAACUGGAAUAUGUCCAUGAGGAGUACUCUAGAUUAAUGAUUCAGGAUGAUGUUAAAUGUGCUGCCUUCUGGGAACCUGGUGAAAAGCAACACCACGUCAUCAAUGGCUACACCAGUGCAGCGGUGGCUCCAGAGUGAGUGAGUGUUCUUCGCAACAACCGCCGAGCUGAGCCAUCAGCCCCUAUCAGUUACAGGGGUUGUCACUUGUAGUUGCAGCCAAGCCCCUUAAAUGAGUUUCAUUUACGAACUUUUCAUGGUCUAUAGAGGAAGAUAUACAGGGAAAAGAACCCUUAAUAACUUCACUGAUCGUUCUGUUUUCGUUGGUCAUUGUAGCUUUGGUUAGAACACUUUGAUUAUCCUGUAAAAGAUCGGUCAAUUUGAUUGAGUGGUAGAGAUCUAACCCAUCUCAAAAAACA